AUGAAACUUUUCAAUGAAGUGGAAGGGACGUGCACUGGAAAAUAUGGAUUCGUUAUUGCUGUCACAACUAUUGAUUCAAUCGGUCACGGCAUCAUCCAACCAGGUUUUUUUCCGCUCCACUUAUAUUUCAAAAAAUAUAAAGUAUUUGGUCUUCAUGGAUUUUUUUCAGGACGAGGAUUUGUGAUUUAUCCAGUACGUUAUAAAGCUAUCGUAUUCCGACCCUUCAAAGGCCAAGUUGUAGACGGCGUAGUAACUCAGGUUUAUAUUCGUUUUAUUGCUCUCGAACUUUUCCAUUAUUCUCACUUACAGGUCAACAAAGUUGGUAUUUUCUGCGACAUCGGACCUUUGUCUUGCUUUAUCUCAAGGCAUUGCAUUCCUCCAGACAUGGAGUUCGAUCCAAAUGCCGAGAAGCCGUGUUACAAAAACAGCGAUGACUCACAAGUCAUUCGCAAUGACGACGAAGUUCGAGUAUGUAUCUUUUUCUGUCUUUUUUCGUGGUUAUCAUUUUUCGAUAACUAUAUCCGAUUCAGGGCUGAAAAAUGAAUAGAUUUGACUGCGAAUUUCUAAAAAAAUAAUUUGGUGAAAUCGCCACGUGUGUUCAUAAGCCUUGGGAACAGACUCCUUUUUUUUUUUUUGAUACAUCUGCUUAAAGCCGAUUCACGACUAGCUUGGGACGCUAGGAGAAUGAAGCCUGUCUGCGCUCUCCACGAGCCAGGCACUUUCUCGUGCAUUAUCGUGUUAGACCCCUUUUUUUCAUUAUCGUGUCAGGACCCUUUUUCGAUGGCUUAAGCCUGCCGUGAAUCAGCUAUAUCUAAGUUCAUUUUUGAAAAUUAUUCUCGCAUUAUUACCUUUCUUUGUGUUUCAGGUAAAGUUGAUUGGAACGCGUGUCGAUGCCAACGACAUUUUCGCGAUUGGAACCCUGAUGGACGACUUUUUGGGAUUGUGUCCGGCUGAAUAA